GGGCGGCAAUGGCUGAGAACGCUGUAGAUCUGGUGCAGGCAGAAGUCGUGGAUUUUAAAGUUCCCUCCGGAAACAACAAGACCUUGUUUGUCUGUAACAUUCUCCCCAAAGAGUCUGAGGCAGAAAUUUAUGACUGUAUUUUCAAAGUUUUCUCUGAACACGGACUCAUCUACUUUCUGCGAGUGUGCAGGAAUGCUGCUGUAGCUGAACCAGGUUAUUAUGCUGUUGUCAAAUAUUAUUCAGCGCUGGAUGCCAGUAGAGCACAGAAAGCCGCAAACGAGCAGUGUUUAUUUCAAGAGAUUCCUUUGAAGGUUCGAAUGUGCACAAAGCAGCGAUCCAUGAAAGCCUUUCAAGAGCACCAACUAUCUCUGAAUAGCUUCAAAUGCCAGGAAUUGGCUAACUACUAUCUUGGUUUCAACAGAUGGUCCAGUCACAUAAUUGGGCUCCAGAAGAUUUCUGAUGCAGAUGGAUAUGAAGAAAAUGCACAAGUGGUGCAGUCACAGAGGAAGAGCAUAAAAUACUUUUGCAUUAUGGAAGUUAAGUUCAAAAAUUAUGAUAUGUGUAGCAGAGGGAUUGGGGUUUCUGCGGAAUUUGAAACCCAAGAUGUGAUGGAUCCACUGAAUUAUGCACUAACAAUUGGGAGGACUCAAAAGUCUGCAAAACAGAAAGCUUUAACAGAUGCAUUCCAGAAGGUGGUCCUUGUUGUCCUGGGAAAUGGGAAGGUUUCUGUGCAGUGGAGCUUGGAACAGGAUGGAAUGGACCACUUCACAGAGGAGGAGCUUCAAACACAACUGCAGGUAAAUGACAUUUCAUGGACUCAGUUUGAACAUGAUGGUCAGGAAGAAAUCCUUUCAGAUCUUAGUUUUAAUACAGAUUCUAUAGAAGGAAUUGGAGCAUGAGGAGCUUCUAAAUUCUUUGGACAUAUCUAUUCUAGUGCAACUACGGAGCCAACAUUGCUUCUAUUUUAUGUAAAGUUAACAAAAAGGUGAUCCAAAAUAGUGACUUGCUUCAAAUACAAGGAACAUUGAUUCACUCAAUUUGAUCUGACAACUUUUCUUUGGAACUGUGGUAUUGAGUGUAUUCAUUUUAAAAAAAAAACACAGCAAUAAAUGGUUGACAACUGAUUUAAGGGAAAAUGCUGGUGCUGCACCAUGGCAAUGUAUUCUCAAGCAAUAACUACGUAUAGAUAACAUGUUGUGCUUCUGCACAUUUAGAAAUAACCUUUUUAUAUUGGGCCAAAACAAAGUCUAGUGCUGCUGGCCCUUGGACUUGCCUGGUAACCAGUUGGGUUGUGAAAUUCCUGGCACUUUGUUGACAACAUUGGGAAAACAAAUUAAUAUAACUAAUUUGUUUGCUGUAAUUGCUGGUUUACUAUAACCAGGCACAGAAGCUUCUACUUCCAUCACACUGGUACCUUGCUUAGUGCUUGUGAGGAGUCCAGGAACAAGAGAGCUAAAAUGGGUCAUUAUAGCUUUAUGUAUAAAGAGAAACACUACUGAUAAUGCUGCUGUGCUCGGAACCUGGCACGUACCCCUGCUUCUCUGCUGAAGCUCUAUGGCAAAGAAUCAUCCAGAGCUCAGUGUGAAGAGGAUGUUGGUGAGGGGUGGUUUUGGGUGGGUGGGGUGAGCAGUGCCCUAACUGAUGCAAUGUGGGGCUCAGGGCUGUACCCUGGUCAUUACUAUGAACACAGGCCAUUGUUGGGGGUUGGCAGCUGCUGCUCCAUGACAGCAUCCAGAUCCUAUGGCUUCCUUUGUCACAAGCUUGUUAUCUUGGAGAAAUCUCUGGGCUGGGAAGAGCUGUGCAGCCAAAAAGUAGAGGUGACAGUUGCUGCAACUGUAUCCAAUAGAUGAUACAGGAUCCUGGCAGCCUGUCAGUACAGUAAACAGGUGCUGCCAGUUGCCAACAAUAGCCCACACUCACUGUACUGGUUAGGGUGCAGUCCUGAGCCCCACAUCUUGGGGCCAAGUGGCCACAUUACUUGCCCUAGGCCUCAAGCACCCUCUCCACACCAGGCCACAGGUGAUUUGUUCCAGGAUUGUGAUGCAGCAAUGUCAAGCAAUGCCAGUUUCCCAGCAGCAGGGAGGGCAUGGAUUUGCACCAAGUUCCUGGCACAACUUGAGCAAAUGUUUUUUUUUAAAAAGGUACAGGUUUGUGUAACUCUUGAUUGUUCGGACUGCAGGGUACAGAGCACAAUAAUAAAACAGCACUCUGUGGGUUUGUGUUAAGUGGGGUACCAGUGUAUAUUUAUUUAAAAAAAAAUCAGACUGAAUUAAGACCUGGAGACAUCAUAUUGCUGUAAAUUUAUCUGCACAUGUCAGCCAUUUAGUCUUAAAAUAAAGAAUUUGCUACAUCUUG